GAGCAUGCGCAUAUAGCGACUUGGUGGGCGCGUCCAGUGAUGACUGGGGGAUCCCGGCAAGUAACAUGACUAAAAAGAAGCGGGAGAAUCUGGGCGUCGCUCUAGAGAUCGAUGGGCUAGAGGAGAAGCUGUCCCAGUGUCGGAGAGACCUGGAGGCCGUGAACUCCAGACUCCACAGCCGGGAGCUGAGCCCAGAGGCCAGGAGGUCCCUGGAGAAGGAGAAAAACAGCCUAAUGAAGAAAGCCUCCAACUACGAGAAGGAACUGAAGUUUCUUCGGCAAGAGAACCGGAAGAACAUGCUGCUCUCUGUGGCCAUCUUUAUCCUCCUGACGCUCGUCUAUGCCUACUGGACCAUGUGAGCCUGGCACUUCCCCACAACCAGCACAGGCUUCCACUUGGCCCCUUGGUCAGUAUCAAGCAGGCACUUCAAGCCUCAAUAGGACCAAGGUGCUGGGGUGUUCCCCUCCCAACCUAGUGUUCAAGCAUGGCUUCCUGGCGGCCCAGGCCUUGCCUCCCUGGCCUGCUGGGGGGUUCCAGGUCUCCAGAAGGACAUGGUGCUGGCCCCUCCCUUAGCCCAAGGGAGAGGCAAUAAAGAACACAAAGCUGU